GGUUCAAGUUUGUCUACUAAUGAAGCAUGAUGCCUACUAUGAAUGUAUAUUUAUUUCUUCAAGGAAAGAAAAAUAAUUGACCACUUGGUAAAGUGUGUCUCAAACAGCAAAAAGACCUCCUACUUGUGUUGGAGGCGGAGCUAUAUGAGUAUCCUUAAACAUUCCACUUUUCCUGUCUGCCCAGCGAGAACGCAUACUGAACACACAUUCUGAUCCCUCGCAAUUGGAACCAAAGCCGGUUAUAAGCUGUUUUCUCUGAGUUCUGUGGAGCAACUGGACCAAGUCCACGGAAGCAAUGAGAUCCCGGAUGUUUACAUCGUGGAGCGCCUCUUCUCCAGCAGUCUGGUGGUGGUGGUCAGCCACAGCAAGCCGCGGCAAAUGAACGUGUACCACUUCAAGAAAGGCACGGAAAUCUGUAACUACAGCUACUCCAGCAACAUCCUGUCCAUAAGGCUGAACCGGCAAAGGCUGCUGGUUUGCCUGGAGGAAUCCAUUUACAUUCACAACAUUAAAGACAUGAAGCUGCUCAAGACCCUCCUGGAUAUUCCUGCAAACCCAACAGGUCUGUGUGCCCUCUCUAUCAACCAUUCCAAUUCCUACUUGGCCUAUCCCGGAAGCCUGACCACAGGCGAGAUUGUGCUUUAUGAUGGAAACUCCUUGAAAACUGUCUGCACCAUCGCUGCCCACGAGGGGACGCUGGCCGCCAUCACCUUCAACUCCUCCGGCUCGAAACUCGCAAGCGCGUCUGAAAAGGGCACAGUCAUCCGCGUGUUCUCUGUACCUGACGGGCAAAAGCUCUAUGAGUUUCGGAGAGGAAUGAAAAGGUAUGUGACAAUCAGCUCUCUCGUGUUCAGCAUGGACUCGCAGUUCCUCUGUGCCUCCAGCAACACCGAGACCGUGCACAUCUUCAAGCUGGAACACCUCACCAACAGCCGGCCAGAAGAGCCUUCCACCUGGAGCGGCUACAUGGGGAAGAUGUUCAUGGCUGCCACCAACUACCUCCCCGCCCAGGUGUCGGACAUGAUGAACCAGGACAGGGCUUUUGCCACCGGACGCUUGAACUUCUCGGGGCAGAGGAACAUCUGCACCCUCUCCACGAUCCAGAAACUGCCGAGGCUGCUAGUUGCAUCAUCCGAUGGACACCUUUAUAUCUACAACCUGGACCCUCAGGAUGGAGGAGAAUGCGUCCUGAUCAAGACCCACAGCCUGCUUGGCUCAGGAACAGAAGAGAAUAAAGAAAAUGACCUCAGGCCUUCCUUACCUCAGUCUUAUGCAGCCACGGUAGCCAGACCAAGCUCCUCCGCAGCCUCCACGGUGCCCGGUUACUCGGAGGACGGCGGGGCGCUCCGAGGCGAGGUUAUUCCGGAGCACGAGUUUGCCACGGGACCCGUGUGUCUGGAGGACGAGAAUGAAUUUCCCCCUAUAAUCUUGUGCCGUGGAAGUCAGAAGGGCAAAUCGAAGCAGUCGUGAGGAGCGCCCGAGAAGGCAGGCCACCCCUAGCGGGUGGUUUUGGAGAAAACCAGGAAGGUGAAGAACGGAGUGCGGUUGUGUGAGCAGAGGGGGCAGGCCCAGGCGCUGUGGGCCACAGGACGUGGGGACUCCUCACCCAACUCCCGCCAGCCCUGGGCCACUGGGCGGGGAGACAUCGGACACACACGAUGCUAUUUAAAAAUCUGUUCAAACCACAGUGUAAAUGCUAACUAACCAUAUUGGUAUAUAACCCGAAUUUUAUAUUAAAAAGGGCAUCCUUUUUAAAUGUAUGCUGUGUAAAAAAUGUACUUAUAGAAAAAUCACUUUGAAUAGUGUUUCUUGUAUAUUACAUACAUGCAGAAACUAUUUUAGCCAGGCAAAAGUAUUUUUGCAGUGAUUGGGAUAAAUCAUUAUUACCGUGGAGUUCCACAUAGGACACUAAUAAUAAAAUCAUGGCAAUGCA